UACAUCGCCAUCAGAAAAUGUGCAAUAAAUUCAAACUGUUUUCAGUUGAAUUCCAGCACCACUAGGACGAAGGGGACGAAGUAUUUUUAACGUAGUGAUAACUUUUUACAUGCGAAACAAAAUGCCGAACUUUCAGCAGCAAUAUAAAGGAAGAAGAUUUGGUUUCGGUAAUACGGAAGAAAGUCGAUUAAUUCGUGCUGAGAAACGGGAGGAAUUACGUAAAGAACAGAGAGCCGGAGCUUUCAAUGUAAACAGAAAUAUUACAAAUUCCACAAAUGCAUCAGGGAGUACAGAAAUGCAAUUAACUGUGGGUGAAGAUCGCCUGACGAGGUUGAAGAGGUGGAAAGAAGAACGUGAGAGACGUAAAAAGAUUGAACAGAUUAAGAAAAAGCCACCUUUCAAAGUUGGGGUUGUCCAUCAUAAAAUAUAUUCUCCUGUAACCAGUGAUCAACCAGUAACAUCAAUUACAACUCAUGAAAAAGCACGCAAUCAAACUGCAGCAGCUGUACCAAAAAGAAUUACACGAGCAACUGAGAAACGGUUAAUGAGAAAAGCUGUUUCGAAAGAAACACCAAACCAAAUAACCAAAACUGUGAAGCCUUUAAACCAAGAAGAAAAAAAUAAGAAAAAGCAAAGGCAGUCUUUUGCACCUGUUGAUCAUAAAUUUAAAGCCCCAACCGGAUUACCAAAUAUACCACUAUUUGGCAGAGUAGCUAUACAAAGCAUGUCACCUUCUAAAGCAUGCGAAGUCUUUUCAUUGUCUACAAGUAUGCCAGAAACAAGUAGAAGAUGUAGUACCACAAAAUUUGUUGUAGAAGAUAUUGAUAAUGAAAAGCAUAGUGAAGAGGAAAAUGAAAAGGAUAAUGUAUCAGAAAAAGAUAGGGAGGAUUCAGAUGAUAGUUCUAUAGAACCAGUCUUAUUAAAAUUGUCUGAUGAUGAAACAUUUACCUGUCCUAAUAAAGAUAAUAGUCAUGAUAAUGACAAUGUCAAUAACUUAAUAGAAGAAAAUAAUAGUAUAUAUAAUAAUACUAUAGAAACACUUUCUCCUUCGAAGAACAAUUUAAUUGCAUCAACGCCAUAUGAUUCUGAGAAUGUACCAGUAUUUUUGCCAUAUGUAGUUUCUAGUCGUGGGAAAAUCAAUGCCAGAAAAGAAGAACAGAUAAGACGUGGAUUUAGUUUUAGUCAUUCCAGAGAUGAUGAUAUUCCUACAAAGGAUACUAUUAAAAAAUGUUUAAAUAUAUCUGUUGAAGAAGAAAAACGAACAGCUCAAUAUUUUCAAUUUCUUUUAAAUAGAGAAAUAGAUAGAUUAAAUGAAUUAUGCACAAAAUGGACAGAUAUCAAAGAGGAUGUUACAACUACUGAAGAUGGACAGUAUGAGAUUAAUCAAGCUAUCGGACAGACAAACCUGUUGAUAAGUAAGAAGUUUGAAAGAUUUCGUGGAUUAGUUGCUGACUGUGAAACAGGAAAGGGAGAAAUGUUAGUCACGUGUAAAGAUUUGCAAGGAUUUUGGGAUAUGAUGUACAUGGAAGUAAAAAAUUGUGAUACUAGAUUUGAGAAGUUAGAGAAACUUCGUUCUCGAAAUUGGGUAGAAGAACAAACUCCUGCCACUAAAAUUGUACCUAAAAAUAAAAGCAAAGUCACUACAAGAAAAAAACCAGUGACUACAAAACCAAGUUCAAUUAAAACCUUUUUGACAGAAAAGAGAAAGAAUCUUACACAGCAAGUAAAAAAUAAUGAUAAUAUGGAAAAAUCCAAAACCCUAAAUAACCAGGGUUCAAAUAUUAUUUCUCAAAGUAAUACAAAUAGUCCUAGUAUAAAAGAUAAAAUAAGAAGAUCUACUAUGUCUUUCCAAUCUACAAAAUCUACACCUAUUAAACAGAGUAAAACAAGAUUAAGUCUCCUGCAACAGACACAAUUACCUACAGUAUCAAAAUAUAUCACAACUCCAUUGACAAUGAUGAAAGUAAGUCAACUAGGAAAAACACCAGAUGUUCAGUUGGAUAGUACAAUAUCUUACAUUAAUUCUGAUCAAAAACCAAGAAAAAGUAUUUUGAAAACACCAAAUUUAAGCAGAAUUGCUUCUGCAAAAUCGACAAGUAAAGUUAAUUUUAAUGAUCACAACAUAGUCUUGAAUGAAGAACCAGUUGACGAAGAAACUCAAAUUAAAAUGGAUUUAGGUGCAGCAUUGGCCAGGAUAGAUAGCUUUAACUUUGAUAAUGCAGAUGAUGUAGUAGUCAAUGCGGAAAAGAAACUUAAUUUUGAUGAUGACAGUUCUGAAGCAUCUGAUGAUGUUACUCUACGCAAUUCUGUGCUAAUAAAAAUAACAGAUAAUACUCCAUUAAAGCACUCAAAUGGUAUUAUAUCAUCCCCAAGAAAACGUUUAGUAAGACAAAAUGCUAUAGACGAAGAUGACACGAAGUUAGAUGAAAUUAAUGUAACAUUGGAUAAAAAUGACAUAAAAUUAGAUAAAAGUGACAUGAAAUUGGAUACAAGUGACAUAAAAUUGGACAAAAGUGAUAUAAAUAUUGAUAAUAGUGACACAUUGUCAGCUGAAAAUAUUAUGUUGAAUGUUACUAUAGAUAAAGUUGUAGAUGAUACAAUUUCACAUGUACAGGAAGAUGUUACUAUACACGAUGAGAAAGAAAUAAAUAUGCAUAAUGAAAGCAUAAAAGUUUUAAGGAAUAGGGUUAUUACUGCAGUAGAUACACCUAAGUCUAGAAGAUCAUUAAAAAAACUAUCUGGUAUUCAACAAGAAUCCGAGCAGAAAGAAAAUAAAACUCCUGUGAUGAACACGAGAAGAAGAACUACUGUUAAAAUUAGUACUGCAAGUAAAGACGAGGAGGAUUUGGAGAAAUCUUUAAAUAAAGUAUCUUUAAAUGAAACCAGCGAAAAACGGAAAUCUCGCCGAAGUGUUAAAUUUUCUGAGAGUGAUGCUAGUGGUAGUGUUCCAAGCAAGUCGGCAUUACCGAUGACUCCUCAUAUUAGACGAAGCAAAGCAAAGUCUAGUGAAAAACAGAACGCAGAUCUUAUAUCGUGGGAAACACCAGAUAAACUUCCAGAUCGAGUUAGAAGAUCUCGAAGUAGAAAGUCAGAAUCACGAAUUUAAAUUUAAAAACUUACCUUAAACUUUUAGUUAUAAAAACAGUAUAAAGUUUGUAUAUAAUAUUUAUUAAAUGAAUUCUUUACAA